GGGGGGCGUGCCCGUGAGGCGGGUGGCGGCGGUGGCGGCGUGGGGCUCCCUCCUCGUGCUAGGCGUUGAGCCCCCGCUGCCGCCGCGACCGCCACGGCCGCCGCCGCGGUGGACGCUGCCCGACCGGCCCCGGGUUGCUCCCUGCACGGAGGGUAGAGCCCUUGGAGUUACCACCAUGAGAAGUGGCCUCUGAAAAGUGCCAGUGAUGUCCCUUUCCUUUCCGGGCUGUCCUUCCUGCCAGCCUCAGGUGGGUUGGGUACAAGAGUCCCAUACCGAUGCUUUGGCACCGAGAUGCUGCAGCUCAGCACAUGCUGGCUCCUGCUGGUGUCCCUGGAGUAUGGGAGGCUGCUGGGCUUGAGCGGCGCUGUCUGCCAGGAGCUGCGCGUCUUACCCCGUGGCAGGGAGGGCAUCCAUGGCUGCAGCCAAUAAGGGCAACAAGCCCAGAGUCCGGAGUAUCCGCUUUGCAGCCGGCCAUGAUGCAGAAGGCUCCCAAAGCCAUGUCCACUUUGACGAGAAGCUGCAUGACUCUGUGGUCAUGGUCACUCAGGAGAGUGACAGCAGCUUUCUGGUCAAGGUUGGCUUUCUGAAGAUCCUGCACAGGUAUGAGAUUACCUUCACUCUGCCCCCAGUGCUCAGGCUGAGCAAGGACGUCCGAGAAGCACCAGUCCCCAGCCUACACCUCAAGCUCCUCAGCGUCAUGCCCAUCCCAGAAGGUUAUAGCGUCAAGUGUGAGUACUCGGCACACAAGGAGGGUGUCCUCAAGGAGGAGAUGCUGCUAGCCUGUGAAGGUGGCACCGGCACCUGCGUGCGAGUGACAGUGCAGGCACGCGUCAUGGACCGACACCACGGCACACCCAUGCUGCUUGAUGGGGUCAAGUGCGUGGGUGCUGAGCUAGAAUAUGACUCAGAGCACAGCGACUGGCACGGCUUCGACUGAGGCCUGCGGCCCUGCACGCCUUGGGGCCCCACAGCCUUAAGCCCCACCUCAUCUCCCCGAAUGCUGUGUGACGGUGUGGCUUCCUCGCCCCUCCCCGGGGUGGGGGGGGCGGGGGUGGGGUGUCCAGGGGCCUCUCACCUCUGCCUUCAUUGUGCCACCUCCCUGCCUCUCCUGUGUCCUCCUGUCCCACUUCCUCCUCUCCGUGAGCCUCAGUCUCCUGCUGGAAGAAAUGGGUUGAGCCCCCAGGGAGGCUAUCUGAGGGGUGGGGCUGGGGUGGGUUCUGCCCUCCCCCCACCCCAAGCCAUAGGGGCUCUAGCCAGGGCUUGGGAGAGGAGGUAGCUGGCUCCGUGAAGUCGCCAUCACUCCCGUUACUGCUGCAGCCGUCUGGCUUUUGCCGUGCCCCCUCCCUCUUUCCUCCUGCUAUCCGCGCUCAGUAGGAGGGAGGCACAGCCCCAAGCCCUAACCCCCAGGUCUGUGUUACUUGGUUUUUAAAGGACUGAUUGGGAUAAAACCCUAAAGAAAUAAAGCUUUCCGUGGAUACCAGAGGCCAACCAGUGUUUGUUCU